AUGUCUUAUUGUGACAAUUUCGAGUUUGGUGAAUGUUAUGCCACUUAUUGGAUUUGGAGGACCAUUCCGAUCUUCUUUUUGGCAGUUGGAACAUGUGGCAACCUUCUUAACCUGAUCAUCUUAGUGCGACCACGAAUGCGAAAAUAUACAACCAGUGUCUACUUAUUCGCCCUUGCGAUAUCCGAUCUAGUUUUUCUCUGGACGACUGUGCUGCCGCGAACCUUGGAGAAUGUCCAAGACAUUGAUCUGAGUAACAUGUAUCCUAAAGUGUUUUGUCAGACUUUACCGUGGAUGAAUCACGUGUCCGGUGGCUAUUCAGUCUGGCUGCUUGCUGUUAUGUCGGUAGAAAGAAUGCUGAUGACCAAGAGCAUCCUCCUUGCAAGAACCAAACUGACGGUCAAGAACGCUGUUAUAUGUUCGUUUGUUUUAUUUGUGAUAUGUUUUCUAUUUCCUCUGCAUUAUUUCAUCGGCUUCGAGGUACAGAGUGUGCUUGCUUGUGAGUGGAACGAACAUUUUGGCGAUUUCUACGGCGAUAUCUGGCCAGUUAUCGUGCUUGUCGUUCUCAAUAUAAUCCCAAUGGUAUUAAUAAUAACCGGUAACAUAGGAAUUAUAAGAAACGUUAUCAAACAAAAACAGCAGCUCCAGAGAGUCAAUCCACUACCACAGACAACCAACGUCCAUGGUGGCAACAAGACCGUCAAACCAAUGAGCAAAAUGCUUUUCAUCAUCAGCACCGUCUUUGUCAUUUCAACUAUCCCUUUCACGAUUUUCCAAAUACUUUGGCUGCAACUUGAUAAUUCAACACCCCAUGCCCUUGCAAGACGAGACCUUCUUGACACGUUCUUUGAAAAUCUUCUUUACGCUAACUUUACUUUCAAUUUUUUCCUCUAUUUUGUUAGUGGGUCGCUUUUCAAGCAGGAAUGGAAUGCGUUCGUAAAAAGCGUGUCUCAACACCUCGGGGCAUUCAACAGAGUGGCACCUUUGGCAAAUGCUGGUGGAACUGAAACCCCGAACACGAUAACUGUCGGACCAACACUAGCUGAAAGCCAUCGCUUAAAUUCAGUAAACUGA